AUGAGAUCUUACACAAUCAUCCUGAGCUGUGCUAUCUUGGCCGCCUUCUUCGUCAGGAGCAGCGAUGCGGUCGCCUGUUCAACAACUAUCACCACCAACUGCACGGAUUGCUCGGAUGGUAACAACGCUACCAAUGACGAUUGUACCACAACAACAACAACCACAACUGAGGCAUCCGUUACCCUGAAACCCUCUCGCCGCAUGAUUGUUCGAGUUUCCAAUCUGAGAUAUACAAAUGUGAGACGUAUUCGUGUGAAUCGCAAUGGAUCUAGCUCGAGCACCAGCACUGGAACUGGAACUACUGGAACUUCAAGCACACGCAACAGUCGCAGAACAAAUCGCAAUCGCAGCUCAAAUCGCCGCAAUGUUCGUGUCCUCAGAGGUUAA